CGUUGUCUCAGCCCCAGGAUAGAGAGCAGCUCUGGGGGCGCCACUUGCUGGAGGAGGUCGACAAAGACAUUUAAAAGGCAAGGUAGAGCCCACUGUGCCACCUCCGCAACCAGCAGCCCAGAGGAAAGCAGCUAUGGGUCCCAGCUGAAGUGAGCUGGCUUCCUUGACCCUGACCCAGCCCUGGUGCCACGUCUCUGUCCCAGCGCUGAGAUGUUUGCUCAUCAUCCUGAGAAAAAUGAGCCUUGGCCUCCAGACCUAAUAAAGCACAUAUACCUCCCAUGAAGAAUAGUGCUAUAUCCUGAGGACCUGUAACUCCUGCAGCCCCCGGGGAUUACCCAGAGCAGGGCUAUACUAGGUCUCAUAAGUACAACUACUGUGAAAGGGCUGCCUGAGUGGUAAACUGUGCACACAGGCUUGUUUUCCUGCUCAGAACAGAGUGGUUCCCUUGAAUGCAUCCUUCAUUAUGAUUCACACCAACUUGAAGAAAAAAUUCAGCUGCUGUGUGCUGGUCUUUCUCCUGUUUGCAGUCAUCUGUAUGUGGAAGGAGAAGAAGAAAGGGAGUUAUGAUGAUUCCAUUAAAUUGCAAACCAAGGAAUUCCAAAUGAUGAGGGGCCUGGAGAAACUUGCCCUGGGGUCUGGUUCCCAGACUGCACUUUCAAGCAAAACCCAGGACCCCCACCGGGGCAGCCAGGCCGUUGGCAGUCCUAAGAAUCCAGCCAAGACCAAGCUAGAGACCGUCUUCCAGGUGUGGAACAAAGACAGCUCUUCCAAAAACAUUAUCCCCAGGCUGCGGAAGAUCUGGAGGAAUUAUCUGAGCAUGAACAAGUACAAUGUGUCCUACAAGGGACCAGGGCCUGGUAUCAAGCUCAGUGCAGAGGCCCUGCGCUGCCACCUUCGGGACCAAGUGAACGUAUCCAUGGUAGAGGCCACAGAUUUUCCCUUCAAUACUUCUGAAUGGGAGGGUUUCCUGCCCAAGGAGAACAUUAGGACCAAGGCUGGGCCAUGGGGCAGGUGUGCUGUCGUCUCAUCAGCAGGAUCUCUGAAGUCCUCUCAACUGGGCAAAGAAAUAGAUGAUCAUGAUGCAGUCCUGAGGUUUAAUGGGGCACCUACAGCCAACUUUCAACAGGAUGUGGGCAUGAAAACCACCAUUCGCCUGAUGAACUCUCAGUUGGUCACCACAGAACAGAACUUCCUCACAGACAGUUUGUACAAUGAGGGAAUCCUGAUUGUGUGGGACCCGUCUAUUUACCAUUCAGAUAUCCCCAAGUGGUACAAGAAUCCCGACUACAGAUUCUUUGAUAACUACAAGAGCUAUCGUAAACUGCAUCCUGAUCAGCCCUUUUACAUCCUCAGACCCCAGAUGCCCUGGGAGCUGUGGGACAUCAUUCAAGAAAUCUCCCCAGAGGAGAUUCAGCCAAAUCCCCCGUCCUCUGGGAUGCUCGGCAUCAUCAUCAUGAUGACGCUGUGUGACCAGGUGGAUAUUUACGAGUUCCUGCCAUCCAAGCGCAAGACUGACGUGUGCCACUACUACCAGAAGUUCUUCGACAGCGCCUGCACCAUGGGUGCCUACCACCCGCUCCUCUUUGAGAAGAAUAUGGUGAAGUACCUCAACCAGGGCGUGGACGAGGACAUUUACCUGCUUGGAAAAGCCACACUGCCUGGCUUCCGGAGCAUUCACUGCUGAGCAUGGGCUCCUUGGCCAGGUGCCCUCACCCUUCUCCAUUGGGCAUUUUAUAGCCCGUCUCUUGGCCACCCUGGGCCUGGGAAGACCAUGUUCCCGAACAGCCCCUGCCUGCUCCUUGCACUCUAGGCCUUCCAUCAGCAAGGGCCCUGGGGCUUCAGGAAACCAAGGGCGAGGAACCAGGCCCAGCCUGCCCUAUAGCCAUAGAGGUGUGUGAGCCCAAAACCCCCUGCACACACACCUAGCACUCUUUCCAGACAGAGUCUUCCCCUCCUUUCACAAGGGUAAAUGUAAGACCUACCUUUCCUACCAGCGUUGCCCAAGCUGGGGGCUGUUUUCUCCACCUGAAUGAUGUUAUUCUCACAAAUCAGCACUCUAUGUUGCUUGAAAUCUGCACUUAGACAUUGAUUUCAUGUUUGAAAGAAAUUCUCACUAAUUAUGAUGAUGUCUAUAGGGUAGCUCUGGGGAAGGGAGUUGGGGGGGGGGGGCAAGUAAGUGCUAUAGGGUGUAGGAAACAUGCUCGGUUCCUCCAGAAGGAAGUUGCUCCUAAGGUCCAUGCCCUUGGGAGAGACAGUGUCCUAUCAUUCAGGCUGUUUGGCUGGUCCCUCGGCCUGGGUGCCUAUGUGCAAAGGGUCUUGAUGAACCCACAUCUCUUUCCAUAUGGAGAUGGAGCUACAGAAAUGUCUCCAUCCUCAAGUUGCUCACAGUUCAGUAGGAAAGACAGACAAGUAGGAUGCAGUGAGCUCAGUGCCCUGGGGGCCUGUAGAGAGGUGGGCUUGCUGUUUGUCUGUCUGUCUGUGUACCCUGAGGAGGAGGAGCACACACUGUGUCUGUGGGUCAUAGAGGGCUUCACAGAGCGGGGGCCAAGGAAUGGGUUUUAGAGAAAGAAGGGAAACAUGUCAAGUUAUGUUUUCCUUUCAGCCUUUAUUACCCAUAUUUAUUCUCUAGGGUCUGCCUGAACUUUCAGGCUCAAAUUUUUUUUGAGGGAAAUCCCAAUCCAUGUGUGAGGCAACAAGUGCAGCCCCAUGGAAGAUACAAGAACAUUGCCAAAACCCUUAUUUCUCUAGGCUCAGCUUGGCCUGCCCUGAGCCUAUCCUACUAGCUGGGUUUGUAUUGUACACUGUAUCCACCUCUUCCUUUUUAAUGCUCACCCCAAACCUCCCUCUAUCUGUCAUCUUGUUUUUUUCCCUUUAAAGUGGCCCUCCCCCUCCCAGAAUACUUCUAAGCAUUUUCUCCUUUAAAAGUAUCCUGACCUCGAUGUCUUUGACCUUCAUGGGCUUUCUGUGAAAGGUCUCUCAGGGAGUGGGGAUAUGGUUCCCGAGAACUUAAAGUUGCUCUCUGAGGUCAGAACCUUAGAGACCAUAACUGAUUUUCACAAGGUGAUCAAAUGGCCUCCCCUGCUGCCUCUCUAGCAAGUGGUCAGGGGCAGUCUUCUAUUUACUAGCCAUGCCACCCUGGGCAAGUUUUCCUGUCUGAGCCUCUGUUUUCACAUCUGUAAAAUGGGCGUGAUGAACCUAUUUCACAGUGCUGUUGUGAGGGUCACAUGAAACGCCUGCCCUGACUCUGUUCCUGGCACCUAAUAGGUGCUCAGUACAUGGCAGUUUCCUUCCUUCCCUUACUAAGGACCUGCUCUGUGCUCACACCUGGGCAGCACCCUGCUUUGAAGGAGGCCAGAGAUCGGGUCCUGUACUUAGGGAAUUAACUGACCUAUUGGGGAACAACAACUACCCUGUUUGGAACGAACAAUCAGGAGACUAUCCGAGGCAGUGGAGGGGGCAGAACAUGCCCCUACUCCUCCCUGCCUGCAGCCCAGCCCAGGCCUGAUUCUGCUUGGGAAUGGGCGGGAGGAGCACUUGGGCCACUAAUUUCUGUGGAACUAGUUUUACCUGCCUCCCGGGACCCAUAAAUUCCUGGCUUGCUUUUCUUAUUUGACUCACUCAUUGCAACCUUUGAAUCAUGAACACUGAGUGCAGAGGAACGUGUCAUUCCAUCCUCAGGAGAUAGAUGUUGGCGUGGACACUGAGACUACACUGGGUAGAUGCUAGCUUUUAGUUAUUAUUAAUAUAAGGGAUCAAAUUAAUUUAAGUGUGAUUCUGUGCUCUACAUAGAAACUCUGGUAAAAUGCACACACUGUUGAUUUGGUGAGAUGUUUAAUAUGUGCUACAGAUAAUUUAAAAAUUGGAACUCCCCUGUCUCUAAGGGGUUCUGUCUCCCACAGUAAUCAUGAGGUCCUCUAAUCCUUUCACCAAUCAAAUAGCUGUUGACAUGAUUUGGAGUUGAGGCAUCUUCUGAAAAAUGCCUAAGCUAAUUUUGAAUUAUUCAAAGCUUAUGUAAAAUUUUAAAUAAAUGUGUUUUUUUUUUAAA